GCGUCUCAAGCGGCCAUGUGCCAGUCGCGACCCAUCCGCCAGCCGGGCACCAUGCUGCGUCUAUCGCUGCUCCUCGUGCUGCUCACCAACCCGAUCAGGACCUACGUCACAGACGCGCCCUCCUUCGCCGACCGCCUCGAUAAAUUAUACGAGAAAAUCGAAAAAUUUAAUUCGCCGAAAGGGCGCGCGCCGCAAACGGCCGAAGAAAAGUUGUAUGCUAAGUUGGAAAGGCUGAACUCGCUGUCUCCGGACAAAUCCGAUGUUAGUGGUGAUGAUGAGGAGGAACUCCUGUCUGCGAUGCAGUCAUGGGCGACGCUGAGCCCCGACCAGCUGCACGUGGUGUAUCACGAUCUACAGAAGUUGCGAGCUGAGGAAGAGAAAAGUGAAAGGAUUGUCGACCGAAACGAGGAGUACGGAGAAGGCGACUGGAAUGAUGAGUUUCAGGACGAGCUAGAGCUUCCAGAAGGCGAUUACCCCAACGACAAGGACUGGGAUUCGGACGAUGACCUCGAUACCGGCGCUACCAUGAAGCCAGUCUUGGACAUCACGCCGUCCGGCCUCACCAGAUUGGAUGCGUAUAAAGACAUCGUGGUGUCUGCCGUGGAUCCUAUAGCCGCUACUAAUGAGAGACCUAGGAUAUUGGAUGAUUCGGCGCUGACUCCCAAAGGACGGAACCAGUUGCGGCACGACGCGACCGCGAACAUGAUGCGCGUGGUGCGCAGCAGCAAGUGCCUCAUCCCGCAGGCGCGCUGGUUCACUGUGCGACAGCUCGCGCCAGCCGCCGACACUGUAUACAUGCCACCAUGCGUGCAGCUACACCGGUGCGCGCCCGACGCUGGCUGCUGCAACAAUGAGGCGGAAGUCUGCGCACCCAUCGACGGGAAAUACGUCGCAAUACCUUUCUACUUGCACAAAGCUGACGGACGCAUGCCAAUCGCAAGGAUGCUGUUCUUCAACCACACGCAAUGCGCAUGCGUGUCCCGGGAGACUCUGCAAAGCACGGUGCGCACCAGGAUCGACGCCAAGUACGAAAGCCGGGAGUCCAGGAGGGACCUGCCCAAUGAGCGCCAGAACGACUGGAGGGUGCCCACCGAAGAACCAAAACCUGAGAACGAGGAACCGACUAGACCGACUCUAAUACGCAGCAAUCCUUACAGAUGUACGUGUCCAGCGCUAUUCCUCGCGAACAUGCCCGAGAACGGCUCGUGCUCGUGCGUGUGCGACUGGCCAGAGACCGUCAAACGCCGCGACUGUCUCUCUCUCGCGCGCGGGAAGGAGCACUUCGGCCUCAGGGACAGAGUGUGCGUCGACAACGGGGACUGCAACCCCCCGACAUGCGAGUACGGCGCGUACGACAGGAGCACCGGCAAAUGCCCCCUCAAGAGGUUUAGGAGGUUACGAUUUCAGCACCGCGCGAGGUACCAACCUGACAAAACUAUUGUAGUAUGAUUGUUUAGUUGAGUAUUGGUUAUGCUUGUCAGCUUUGUGUUCCACGUGACUGUGGGCCGCAACUUUGUAUUACUGGUGUGUUAACUUUAUGAUAGGUUAAGAUGGUACAGAGUUCAAAACGAAUCCUUUUUAGGUUUUGGAAUGUACUAGAUGGGCAUUUUAUUAAGUCUGUACAGUUAAUUAGCCCAAUGCAUUGCCUGUUGUAUAAUUUUUUUGUAAUUCAAUGGGGUAUUUUAAUCUUUAAUCCCCAACGCCAACAAAAGGUAGUUGUUAUGUUUAAUUUUUUUUUUAAUCAGAGUCCUGAAAUUAAAUAUGAUCCACUCAUAAACGUGUAAGUCACAAGCUUUUAAAAAAUAAUUUCAAAUAAAUAGAUUAAUGACGUCAUUGCAAUUAAGAUGCAUGCGUGUGAGAGAGAAGGCGAGAUAAAAUACCCUAUUAGGAUAAACAUUAAUCGUAACGUCACAAUGUAACGAGAAUACUCAACGUUUUGUCAAAGUUACCCAAUCCAGUAAGGUACCAAAAGUAAGAGAAUGGUGAACAAUAUUGUGUUUUAAUAUGUCGUACUCUGCCUGAACCUAGUCCAUGAAACUAAGCGCUCAUCAAUGGAUUGUAUUAGUUUGAAAUAUCUCGUGUGCUCUAAAUGAAUAUCAAUAAAUAUUUAUGAUAUUUACAUUUAUCUCCGCUCCUUUCUUUGUAAGUUGGCAUAAUAUCCGCAUAUAUUCAAAUAUUCGAAAAUAAAUCUAUGUACAAUUAUAAAUCAACUGUCUAGAAGUACAAUAUAUAAAAUAUUACCGUGUAUAAACUGAAUAGAAUUUAACUGUUACUUAUGGGUUCUUACCCUAACGACCGCCCAUUAAGUACGGGACUGUAUUAUGUGCCAUAAGUGGGAGCCCAUUUGUUCAAUACCUGUUGAUCACCUUUAAAUUGUUAUUAUGACGCGUUAACUUUCAUGCUUUAAUUACGCUUUAAACGCCGAAAAUAGGACAGUAUUUUGUGUCCUUUGAAACGUCCAAGAAGGACCAAAUACAUAUUUUGACGACUAGGUCUUGUGGUAGUUCCCUGAACUAUCUGUCAAUUGGGGUUGAUAGUGAUUCGAUGAAAUUAGGAAAUGAAAAGGACCGAUUGUUAUUAAACACUUGAUUAGCGACAUUUUGUAGAAAUUUUAUUAUCAAACAGGUAAUAUUGAGUGUAAAUAUAAUGCUCUCACUAUAACAAGGUACUAUGGUAUAUUUACAUGCAAAUUAAAUUAUAUCAAAUGAUGCUAAGUCUUUAUUAUUGAAAAUUUUCCAAUAAUCCUGAAAUAUAAAUUAGGGACCACGAAUUAUUGUCGUUUCAAAUUUUUACCAAUAUGUGAAAUUUAAAUUAAAUUUUUGCACCGUAAAAAUUAACAUACGACCUUGUAAUAGUGAGUCAGGAAUAUAUAAUUAAAUCGUUGUUGACCCCAUUCACCCCUUUACUCUCCUAUAAACCCCAGUUGUCAGUAAUAAUACCGUUUUAACGACCCGCACACAGCACGUGAAUGUCGUGCCUUAUUUUGUUUGCAAUUUGAACAUAAUAAAAAACGCGUAAAGCGAGUCCUCACGUUGUAACUUAUUAUGUACUUACACGUAUUAUAUUUUUAUAAGUUGACAUUUAUGUAAAUUGCAUAAUAUUUUAUACGUUUCGAGACUAAAUUAUCAUAAGAAUAAAUUUAAGAUAUUUUUUAAGUUUGUAAAUAAAUUGACGAAUAAAGUCUAUGUAUUAUGUA